AUUCCCUGUCCCGUCCUCCCGUCGUCGUUGCACACCGCGCCCCUCCCCGCCUCCAUCUGCUGCUCCUCUACCCACCGGACACGCAGUGCUGGGCGGCCAUUGAGCCUUCCUGACAUGAAUGCAACUAACCGACUGUCGCCCUCAGGUCGAUCGCGCACUCUCUGUGCACACGCGAGUUGAGGCAUGACGGCCGAAUUCCCACUGCUGGGACAGUUGGGUCUGUACGCAGCUGAUAUCCGCGGAGAUGGCAAUUGCCUCUUCAACGCCCUGUCCGACCAGCUGUACGGCCACCAAAACGCACACGCCACCAUUCGCUCGCGUGUCAUCGAGUACAUGCGUGAGCAUGCCGACUACUACAAACAGUUCAUUGACGUCAAUCCCGGUGGUGGCAUCCGUCGGAAUCCCAAACGCAAGAAUGCGGGCUCGUACUCCUCGCCAGCCUCCUUCGAAGCACCCUCCUCCGCCGACAUUGACCGCGUCUUCGAAAACCACCUCGCAUCCAUGGCCCGCGGCGGCACCUAUGGGGACAACAUGGAGAUUGUGGCCUUCUCUUCGGCCAUGGGCUAUGAUGUGAAGAUCUACCAACGUGACUACGCGUUCAUGGUGUCGGGCGGUCAGGGCGACACGGACCGAAAGGUGGCACACAUUGCAUAUCACACGUGGGAGCACUACUCCUCCAUUCGCAACCUCGACGGCCCGCACACCGGCAUGCCGAACGUCACCGUCAAGGUGCUCUCGCCCGAGGAAGAGGCCCUGCAGAGCGAACGGCUGUCGAACUCGUCACCCGUGCUUCCGUGGCAGAUUGACGUGGUAUCCAAGUCACUGCCCUAUCUGGCAGACAAGAUCACCAUCAAGCGGGCAUUGGAGCUUGCAAAAGGCAACAUUGAUCUGGCAGUAAGCAACAUGUUUGAUGCCGAAGAGCGUCAGAGCAGCUCGUCACAGGUGGAGAGCUCGAGCAUCGAGCGAGACCAUGACAGCGAUGAUGACGCCCAGGGCGCGCCCAACAAGAAGCAGGACAGACGUCUGAGCAGGGCCACACGUGCUCGCAAGGAGCGAACGCAAGACAGCAAGCACGCGCUGUCCCAGUUGGCGGCUCACGAUGACAGUCAGGAGUCAGUGGUCAGCUGUGCGUCGGAGACUUCGAGUCGCCCCGACUCGACUCCACCCAACUGCAUAUACCGCUCAUCGAGUACGCAGCCGACCUCCAACGAUGAUCACGACGCCUCGUCACAGAAGCUCACUGUCGCCUCUGAACCAGAUCAGGCGUCAUCUGCGCAGACUGCUGUCUCUGCCAGGCCUGCGGUGAGAAUAAAGCUCUUGCCGCCGAGACCACCUGGCAAGACAUUGCAGAAGCCGUCCGGUCCCCGCAUCUCCGCUCGGGACAGGAAGGACAUGCAGAAGCAGGCGCAGAAAAAGGCACGCAAGGAACGUCAACAGGCCGAAAAGAGCGGCAAGACCGACGCCCCUGCAUCCUCCGCUGGGCUGACGUUACGUGCCAAAGGUAUGACGGAUACGCCACCCGUCGAUACGCUGCGAACACUCUACAUUUGAGUGCAUCUUCUUACUGUUUUGCCACGAACUUUCAUCAUCGUAGGCUUGCUUACCGCGGAAGAUACCCUUUCUGUCGUUGUUUUCGCCUCUGAGCAGUAGCAUAGCGCCGGCAUCCUGACUUGACCCAUCAUCACAGCGGCAGAGUCACACAUACGAACGCACACACGCACGCACACACACACGCACACACACACGCACACACAAUACAACACAACACAAAGCAUGGGGCGCCCGAGGACAAAAGGGCCAGAGGGAGUUUUACAUGGGAGUUUUGCGUACAUUGGGAGGGAGGGUCUGAGAACAUCACUGGUGCUCUGAAGGGCUCGGUCAUCAGUGGUUACAUGGCGAGGGAACACAUGCGAUUACGGCGGGGGCGACUACGCCUGUCAGCGUUUGAUGAGAAACAUGCGAACGAAGAGACCACGAGGAGUAUAAUACAUUUAGACACCAGACUACCGAGUACCUGGUCACCACCAGACUAUCUCUUGGGCAGGCAAGCACCGCAGCUCUGGCCCGCGCUGGUCAGAGCGGGGUGAUG